GCCUGUGUUAUAGCCCCUAAUUGUUCUUUUCUUAUAUAUGUUAAUUUAUAAUUGAUAAUUGAUAAUUGAUAAUAAAUCCUUAGUCAGCGCUACCAUGUAGUACUGUAACGAUAAAUGCGGCCGCACCCAUCUCCGCUUGAAAAAUUUAGAUCUUGAACCAGUAACCAACAGCGACUACAACCACAACUACAACUACAACUACCAGCCAUGAAGUACAUAAUAGAGCAUAUGGAGGAGGGUUUCUCCGAAUGGGUGAUUUUGGAAUACUCCCAGAUCAUCAGAGAAGUCGGUAAACAAAACUUAAUCCUUACCUCUCUUCCAGCAGGAACUACCGACAGGGACAUCCCACCGGCAUUACUUUCAUUGGGUCUUCAAUGGACUACAAAGGAAUGUGUAGAUAUAGAAGGAGGAAUCGAUAAGUCUAAAGUAUGUUUGUUGGAUCCAGCCGCUACUGAAGAGUUGGUUCCGUCCGAUAGUGAAACGUAUGACUACUUUGUAUUUGGAGGUAUAUUGGGAUCGCAUCCUCGGAUUGAUAGAACAGGAUUGUUAAGAGAAAAGUAUGGAUUUGCCGGUAGAAGAUUAGGUGCAUUACAGAUGACUACCGAUACAGCCAUCCGAACCACUCAGAAGAUUGUUCAGGAUCAAACUAAGUUUGAAGAUAUUCAAUUCAUUGAUUAUCCUGAAAUCAGAUACAAUAAGUAUGAGUCUACGGAAAUGCCAUUCAGAUACAUUGUAGAUUCAGCAGGCGAGCCCAUAUUACCAGAAGGAAUGUUGGAAUUAAUCAAGCACGAUGCUGAGCAAUCUAUUGACGAUUUACUCUUAGAAUAGUAUAGUAUAGCAUAGUAUGUAUAUUAGUAGUAUAGUAUAUAAAUCAUUAAUUAACAGUCAUAAAUAUUUUA